GUCCUGACCCGGAAGUAAUCCAGGCGAGGCGCUAGCAGCGUUAGCUUGUGUUCAGAGGACGGUGGUGUUUUGUUUUGAGUUUUAGGUGUUUUUAGACAGAAACAACGGUACGUGGUUCGUGUCCGAACUCUCAGCAUUUUCCAAAGUGUCGUCAAUGAGUGAAUACGAGUUAAAUGUAAAGACAACGUGCCUGUGUGAUUGUGCGACUAGCAGAUCAUGAGAUGGUGACAUGGUGGUCGGAGCUGCUGUGAAGAGGACGGCGAUGUUUGUGUGAGUUUGAGCUGAUGAUGAUCGGAGCAGCUGCAGUAACGAUGUCUUCACUUCAGUCUCUGAGAGAGUUUAUCAACGAGCGACUAGCUGCUGCAGCUGAAGAAAUCUUCAGACACUGUGAAGGAACCAUCGUCCAGUACGAGCAGGAGCUCUGUCGUCAGCGCAGACUGCUGGAUGUCAUCUGGAAACCACAGCUUCAGCUGGACGCGAUAGUCCUCCCCCAGCAUUACAUGAAUGAAAAGGUAGAUCUCUGCAACCAGCAGAGGAACUCAAGAGUGGGACAGGAAGAGCCAGAAGCUUCACAGGUAAAAGAGGAACAGGACGAACAAGAACCUCCACAUAUUGAAGAGGAAUGGGAGGAACUAGAGCUUCCACAGAUUAAAGAGGAGCAAGAAGGGCUGUACAUCAGUCAGGAUGAAGAUCAACUUGAAUGGAAGCAGGAGACUGAUACCUUGAUGGAGACUCCUACUUAUGAGGACAAUGAGCACAAUAUAGCAGACCUAAACUAUUUGCAGAGCUUUGAUGUAACUUAUGGUCUGGAUGAAAUAGAAAGCCAGCUUGAAGAAGGAUCAACAUCAACUACAGGUGGAGAGACCAGCCCACAGAACAGAGUUCAGUGGAAAAGAAAUGACAGAAGUCAUUACCAAAAUGUGGUAAGCUCUCACAUGGCAGAAAGUCAGUGUGACUCGGAUUUGAGUAAAAUAUCCAGUAUGGCAACUUUGAUUAAGCAACACAACCAAAUCCGGAACAAAAAGAGACUUUCCUAUAUAAAGUCUGGUAAAAGCCGGUAUGUCUACAGGAGAACUGAGUCUGAUGAAAGACCAUAUGUCUGUAAAGAAUGUGGUAAAAGUUUUAUUUGGUGGUCUCAGUUCAGAAUUCACAUGAGAACGCAUACAGGAGAAAAGCCCUUUUCUUGUAAGGAAUGUCAUACAAGUUUUAGCCUUUUAUCUCAUCUCAAAACACACAUGAGAACUCACACAGGAGAAAAGCCUUUUUCGUGUAAAGAAUGUGAUAAAAGGUUUAGUCAAACUUUUGGCCUCAAAAGACACAUGAGAACCCAUACAGGAGAGAAGCCUUUUUCUUGCAAAGUAUGUGAUUCAAGCUUUAGUGAAAUAUAUAAUCUCAAAGCACACAUGAGAUCUCAUACAGGAGAAAAGCCUUUUUCUUGUAAAGAAUGUGAUAAAAGUUAUAGUCGAUUAUCUGAUCUCAAAAGACACAAGAGAACUCACACAGGUGAGAAGCCUUUUACUUGUAACGAAUGUAACAGACGUUUUUGUGAAAAAUCUCAUCUCAAAAGACACAUCAGUACUCAUACAGGAGAAAAGCCAUUUUCUUGUAAAGAGUGUCCUAAAAGUUUUAGACAUAAAACUCAUCUCACAGCGCACAUAAGAACUCACACAGGAGAAAAGCCUUUUUCCUGUAAAGUAUGUGAUACAAGUUUUAGUCAAAUGUCUAGUCUCAAAAGACACAUGAGAACUCACACAGGAGACAAGUCUUUCACUUUUCAAAAAAUGUAAAAGUAUUGAGUGAUUUCUCUAAACCUAAAAAACUGAGGGAAACUCAAAGCAGACAACUGAUGCAUCUAAAAGACUGAGGGUUUACAUAGGAAUGGAAAUAUUUAGAGACAUUUUUUUCUUUUAUACAAAAAUAAAGUGGAAUUUUACAAUUUUACAGGUGAAAUAACCCAAAGUUCUGUCUCAGAAAAUAGGUUAUUCGGAAAAAAAAAGUAUUGUUCAAAACUUCUUUGGUCCAGCCUUAAGGUUUAUGGCUGGUGAGGCACUGAUGUCAUCAGUCAGAUCUCCAAACAUAUGAAUCCUACAGAGCAGCUUAUUUACCAUUUGAUUGGGAACAGUUCAAGUGUGUUAAAAAAAUUUCUGUCUUUAGCAUUGAACCAAAAAAAGCACCAAGAUUAAUGACUUGUUUGUAGAAGUGUUCCUUUUCUUUCUGUAGUUUAAAUAGUCUCUCUUACUCGAUGCAAAUCUCUGCCAGUGAAGAAAGUUUUGCUUGAUCAGUCCUUUUCUAAAUGUCAGCACGAGCUGGAGCAACUUUGCUGCCUUCUGGGCCAAAAAGCUGAGAAGCUUUCCAGAAGAUUUACAUUCAUCCCUCACUGUUUGUGAGCUGUAAAGUCCAGUGAAAUUUGCCAAGAGUCUUUGCCAAAGUCAAAGAAUUUAGCAUGUUUUGAGUGACGUUUUCCAUCAUUAAAAUCUUGCGACUUUUUACUGAAUUUCGUGCGGUCUACCAAAACCAAGAAAGUGAACUCACCAAUAUUAGGGCUGGGUAUAAAAAAAAUGGACCUUUAGACCACAAAUAGUUACUUUGGAAAACAUUAUUCCUUAUAAGAAUUAGGGAAAUUCAUGCCUGUGAGUAUAUAAGCACUUAAACACUCCCAGGAUGUAUAAAGUAAUGGCAGGAGAGUGUCUGUCUUCAUUCACGUCCCCAAAGCCCUGAAACACUUCUUUUAUCUCAAAACCUUCUUCAGAUGUGCUGUAAUGCGUCUAAAAUCUGUGCGUUGUUUGUGACAUCUGUGGUCUCAUCUAAUUCUACAGCACCAAUCUCCUUUUUAAUUUCAGUCCUUAUGACAUCAUUGACUGAUUCAGUUACUGGUGAAUCAUUCUGUAUUCUUUUUGAUUAGCCAGAAAAUAGUGGAUAUCUCUAAAUGUCUAGCUAGCCAGUCGCCUUUUUAAGCAAAUGUGUGCAAUAAUUCAACAUAGAUGCAAUGAAUAACAGAGUUUGCAUGAAAUGCUGUCUAAUGUUUGGCAAGGAAGCAGGUGGCAUUGUAAAGAUGUUUUCAAAUCUCUCUUAUCCUUUAUCUAGCAUUAUGGAUUCUAAUGUUGAGUCUGUGCUGUUCGUCCAAAGCCAAGUUUAAUUUGGACAUCCCAAACAUUUUUGCCGUGAUUUGACUUUGGAUGUGUGUGGCCGACUGCUCAUGUUUGAUGAGGCUUCUUGGCAAUUUCUUUAGAUCACAGUAUCCCAUCUCAGUCCAAACAUUUUUAGAAGUUGAAAACAGGAGGCAGAAACAAACACUUUAUUUUCUCAAUCGAAUUUUGGUGAUUGGUUCUAUUUUUUUCUUAUACUAAAAAAUAAUAUGUUGUGGAAGUUGAACAAUGUUGACUCUUCCCUUUAAGAACAAAUAUUUCUUAAUUAACCAAAAUAAAGCACUAAGAAUUUGCUUGGGUAUAUGCAACUUGCAACUUGUAUAUGAGAUACAGUUGCGAUGUUUAAUGUUGUGAUCAUUAAAUAAAAUAAAUGUCACAAUUUUAUUACAAUGAAAGGCUUAUUAACAUUCAGGUAAAUGUUUUUUUGUAAGUUAUACUCUUUAAAAAAAGUGAAAAUGCCUUCCAGCACAAUAUCGCGAUACGUAUCGUGUCGUUAGACUGGGAGCCAGUUUAGAUCGUGCUGGUUUGCGGCGCCUUCCGUCCGUGAAACCCGGGUUCAACUCCGGGCUGCUCCCUGUUCCCUUCUCUACGCCGGUUCCAAGCCCGGUUUGAGAAGGUUGCGUCAGGAAGGGCAUCCGGCAUAAAACAUUGCCAAAUUUACCAUGCGACUUGUUCGCUGUGGCGACCCCUGAUGGGAGAAGCCGAAAGUGGAAGAAGUAUCGUGUCGUUAGACGUGUAUCGGGAUAUGUAUCGUAUCGCCAGACUCUUGCCAAUAGAUACUACUAAAUCUGACAGUUGGUGAGAAAAAAGCAAAUGAGGUAAUUAAAUAAUGAAUCAUCUUCUAUGACAGAAAAAACAAAAAAGCGCAUGCAUCAGCUCCAAAAAGUGUGUGGCGCAGGGGGGGCUCAGGCUGCCGCUCUCUCAUAGAUUUAUAAAUUUUCUACUUUUUUGUUUUUAUUUUUACUAAAGUAAUCUUGAAAAAAAAAUCCAAAUAAAAAUUUGACUCAUAUGAGCAACUAAGUAAUUUCUGAAGAAAGACUUUUCCCAAAAAUGUGUUAAAUAAGUAAUGGAUAAAGACGUGUACUGGUGUUUAUGUUUUGUGUACAUUUGAUUCAUGUUUUUUAGUAGAGAUUAGAAAAAAUGGUGUUUUAAGUGUUCUGUCUCCCAAUCUUUACUGUGGAGAAUAAAGUGGCUGUGAACAUCA